GAGAUCGCAUUAAGAAGUUGUACAAAACAAGUACUCGAAAAUAAAUCAAUUUGAAAUUCCUUUUCAGUCCCAAUUUGCACCCAAUUUGUCCUAUUUUUAGAACCCACCAAUCUUAACUUCAAUAUACCCGCUGAGUCGUACCUGAUUCACAGGUUUUAUACCCUCUAUAGCUGUGUAUAACUAUUUAGUGUGCCAAGCUUGUCUUUUCAAAUUCAUUUACAAGUUUUCACGCCAAAUACUUGUCUCCAAAGCAUUUCACGUGUUCUAAAUUUUCGCUCCUGUUCUCCAUACCUUUCAACCUUCAUUCUAGCUGCGCCAGAUUACAGACGGACGGCUGUAUUCUCCCUUUAUCUCUUGUAAUUGGUGGCAAAAUUGCCAAAAACAACUUGAUCUAGAGCCAGAAGUUGUUCUCCUGUUUUACCAGCGCCAGAGCAGAACGUGCUGGAAAAGUUAUAACCUAAAUUUAUGACUGUGUUGAUAUUUAUUGAGACCUGUACUUAUCUGUAAGCCGAGGUCGAGAAAUACUUGAUUGCGGCUGAAACCGACAGUCGAGAAAGUUCACAUCCUGAUCAGAUGAAGCGAAUUAGAAGACGAAGACGAAGGAUCAGGAGAGCGGACUCAGAGCAGAGGGGAGAUGGGGAUGAUGGAGGGGCAGUUGGAAAUGGGGGGCGGACCAACAGAGUGACAACCAAAGGGACACCAAAAGAGAACGGCAAAUGUGACAAGACUGCAUACUUCACUGCAAGUAAUGGGGAGUGCAAGUACUGUCACAUAGAGUGCAAUGAGUUGGGCUGUGGGGGUCCCUCGGAGUCGGACUGCUUCGGGUGCAAGAACCUCCGCUUCUACGACUCCUGCCUCACCGAGUGCCCAUUCGGAUACAAGGCCGAAAACCCGAACGAGGACAACCGAUGCUACAUGGCCACUUCUAUCAUGGUUGCUAUUAUCACUGCCUCAAUCUUGCUCACCUGGUUUGUCAUCAGUACCCUCUCGAGGUGCUACUAUCGCAACAAGUACCGCAAGACCACCGCUGCCUCCACAUCCGCGGGAUCCCGACAACCCCGCGGACGCUCCGAUACUCUGAGUGACCGCGAACGCGAACGACUAGGAGUGGGAGACGGAGAACCGAAAGCUUUCUUAGAAGGGUAUCUUCUCUCUUCUAAUCCAGACGCCCCAUACUUGCCAGCCAAUAAAAAACAGCCAAUGAGUCCUCGCACUCAAGCAGAUUUCAGCCCAAGCACUUCUCUACGAAUGAAGGCCUUACAUAGCCAAACAUCGAACGGGGGUUCAAAACGAGACUUGGCAAAUCUAAACGUCACACCUGAAAAACUGGGCAACGGAAGCAUGUUUCAGUUUCCAGCGGUCUCAGUAUCCAAUCAACGUGGAGAGUACUAUGCUAUGACGUCAUCCAAUUCGCCUUCGGAUACUUCGGGAGAAAUAGUGGAGCCACAUUUAAUCUCGACUUCGUCUCAUACAAGUUUGCGACAUGGUUCCGGCUCGCCACAAGGCCAGAACGUAUACGACAUCAAUUACUUGUCGGACAAUUUAGGAAGCCCGAGUCCGUCUAACGAGACGAAACUUGGAGUAGUGUUUAUGAAGCGCAAUGCACAGCCAAACAAUGCACAGUAUGAUCCAAAUAAUAAAAUUGUAUCCACUUAACCUAUUGUAGCCUUUGAGUAGAACUUGUUAAAAACAAUUUUCGUAUAUUUUUGGUAAAUUUUUGGUUUUGAG